AAUGAUCUACUUGAUGCCCAUUAGAUACAUUAUUGCUGGACGGCUACAAUGCAUCCAGUUUUCGUGGAUUAGUAUCAAGUCUGUUUUCUCGAACCGCCUGCUCACCAAAGUAACCUAUUUAGGAGAACUUCAAGACACAGAAAGCGUUACAAAAAAAUAUAUAGGCUACAACACAUCUGUGCUUGUUUUCUCUCUCUCGGUCGUUUGUACCAUUUAGGGCAGUGACCGGGGGUUUGCAGGAGCAAACUGCGUCUUUUCAUCCGAAAGUUCUAAUGAUUACGCAAGUGAAGGGAAUUGUCGGCACGAAUUGGACAACGGAUUGCUGUAACAGGGCCAACGGUGACUUUUUCUUUUUACCUCUACACACAGAGUCGACGAAUAAGUUGAAUUGUACUGCCAACAAUAAAGGUGGAAUUACCUAAAUCUGCAACAUGGCUGCUAGUGGGAAAAGUUUAGAGUACUGACGUGGGAGAAGUUUUAUACUAAUCCAGUACAGUACAGCAGGAAUUGUUGUAUAAAGUAAAUAUUUUUCCCCCUUCGUCGCCUCGGUUUGAACAACGCACAUAAACACUGGGUUGCCCGAGUAAGAGCGGAGGAGUACAAGACUACUUUCUUCUUCAAAUGAUUGUAGUCAUCACCAAGCAAUCGCGUCGACUUUAUCUUCAAAACAUUUUUCUUCUUCAUCUUAAAUAGUGCAUCUCUCGCCCAGUGUGGCCAUCUGAAAUCUAAAAUGCAUUUCUCCAUUCCCGAAACGGAGGUUCGUUCGGGAGAAAAUGGAUCAACUUACGUGGCCUACAACAUCCAUGUGAACGGGGUUCUCCAUUGUCGGGUUCGCUACAGUCAGCUCCUGGGACUACACCAACAGAUAAAGAAGGAGCACGGCAACAACUUGGUACCUGCUUUCCCCCCAAAGAAGAUCUUCACUCUGACACCGAAUGAUGUGGAGCAGAGACGUGAACAGUUGGAGAAAUACAUGCAAGCUGUGCGGCAGGACCCCACGCUCGGCGCCUCCGAGAUGUUCAACAGCUUUCUAAGGAAAGCCCAGCAGGAGACCCAGCAGAUCCCAACCGAAGAGGUUCCUCUGGAGAUCUACCUGUCUAACGGCCAGAAGGUCGAGGUCAACAUCCUGACCUCCGACCAAACAGAGGACGUCCUGGAGGCUGUUGCCUCAAAACUGGACCUUCCUGAUGAGCUGGUUGGUUAUUUCAGCCUCUUCCUGGUUCGAGAAGGAGUGGACGGGGGAUUAACGUUUGUGAGGAAGCUGCAGGAGUUUGAGUUACCAUACGUAUCAGUCACCAGCUUACGAAGCUCAGAGUUCCACAUCAUCCUGCGGAAAAGUUACUGGGACACGGCGUAUGACAGUGAUGUAAUGGACAACCGAGUGGGACUAAAUCUACUAUACGCACAGACGGUGUCUGACAUAGAUAGAAGCUGGAUCCUCGUUAACAAGGACCAGCACAGGCAGCUGACAUCACUGCAGGAGAGAGGAUCCAAGAAAGAAUUCAUUAGGCUCGGUCAGACGCUGAAAUACUUCGGCUACAUCAAGUUUGACCCGUGCGUGACAGACUUCCCGGAGAAGGGCUGUCACGUGAUCGUCUCCGCUGGCAACAACGAGCUUAACUUCCAGGUCAAGCUGCCCAAUGAACAGAUGAAGGAGGGGAGCUUCAAGGUCACGCGCAUGAGGUGCUGGAGGGUCACUUCGUCUCAGGUCCCGGUAGUGAAUGGCUCAUCCUCCCCAACCCCGGGCCCCUGCUCUUCAGCCAAGUGUGAGGUGAAGUUGGAGCUGGCCUUUGAGUAUCUGAUGAGCAAAGAUCGUCUCCAGUGGGUCACCAUCACCAGCCCACAGGCAAUCAUGAUGAGCAUCUGUCUUCAGUCGAUGGUUGAUGAGCUGAUGGUGAAGAAGUCCGGAGGAAGCAUCAAGAAGAUGCUAAGGAAACGUCACAAUGGCCCCCUGCAUCGGUCUGAAAGUCAGCAAGCUGUGAAAUCCCCCCCUCUACUGGACUCUCCUGACCCAAACCGAGAACAGAUUGUCAAACUCUCAACUAAGCUGAGCUCUGUGUCUCUCAGAGGGAUCAGCGCCUCCAACUCAGCCAAUGACAUCAGCGGCAACGAUUUCCAUGGCAACUAUGCCUUCGAGGGGAUCGGGGACGAUGACCUGUAAUAUUCACCCCGUCCCCACCCUCCACCUGUCGAACGCAAUCUGCAAAGAUUCCAAGCUGAGCCGAGCGGAUUCUCUGAUUCUGUAAGAUUGUAGCCCUUCCUGGGAGUCUGCUGCCUGCCUUAAGAUCAGUCUUGUCGUAUCAGCUUCACAAAGACUGCCAUCUAUCUUAUGUGUUUCGGGUACAGGAUGACUGACUACCCACUGUCUAACCUGUUUUACAAUCCUACAAUCUCCACGUAUUCAACUUAAUAAAAUAUCAAGAACAAAUAAAACUAAAAUUACAGUCUGCAGUCUAAUCCACGGGGGUCAUGCUGUGAAACACUCAAUUGACGUUGAAAUGACUAAAACCAAGUGGAAGCUGUGUAUCAGUGAUAAUGAGCCUACGUCUAUAGUCUCUUCUCUCUGUCCAGCUUGAUAAGUGAUCUAUAGUCUCUUCACUGUCCAGCUUGAUAAGUCAUUUAUAGUCUCUUUUCUCUGUCCAGCUUGAUAAGUCAUUUAUAGUCUCUUCUCUCUGUCCAGCUUGAUAAGUCAUUUAUAGUCUCUUCUCUCUGUCCAGCUAGCUAACAGUCAUCUAUAGUCUCUUCUCUCUGUCCAGCUUGAUGAUAAGUCAUUUAUAGUCUCUUCUCUCUGUCCAGCUAGCUGACAGUCACCUAUAGUCUCUUCACUCUGUCCAGCUUGAUAAGUCAUUUAUAGUCUCUUCUCUCUGUCCAGCUUGAUAAGUCAUUUAUAGUCUCUUCUCUCUGUCCAGCUUGAUAAGUCAUUUAUAGUCUCUUCUCUCUGUCCAGCUAGCUAACAGUCAUCUAUAGUCUCUUCACUCUGUCCAGCUUGAUAAGUCAUCUAUAGUGUCUUCACUCUGUCCAGCUAGCUGACAGUCAUCUAUAGUGUCUUCACUCUGUCCAGCUAGCUGACAGUCAUCUAUAGUGUCUUCACUCUGUCCAGCUAGCUGACAGUCAUCUAUAGUCUCUUCACUCUGUCCAGCUAGCUGACAGUCAUCUAUAGUCUCUUCACUCUGUCCAGCUAGCUGACAGUCAUAGAAAUGAAUGCUGGACAGGGAUCAUAGUAAAUUCCAGAAAUCCAUGCUUGUAACAUCAGUAGCUACAGUAGACUAUGCUUCAGAGGGAGGGGCAGGUAGCCGACAAACACACUGGCAAAGACGUUCAGCUGGCAGGCACAGACAGACACUGGAAUUACUUCCUGAGUGAUAAAGUGAGGGCUUUGCAUUGGUGCUCUGUUGCGUUUUUUUUUGUUUUUGUGGGAAUGAAAAAUACCCAGAAUGUAAAAGAGCGUUAUCAACCAGUUCCCAUGCUUUUAGAAGAAUGGUUCUGUUCUGGAACAGUAUUGAUCACUUCCAUUCUCGGUUCUGGUUCUGUUCCUCAGAAAAUGUAGUUAUUUUUCUGUUCUGUUCCCUGAACCAGUUCCAACCCCUGGUCUUCAUAUAUGACUUUCUACCAUAGAGCAUCCUGACAUUCCUUCAUUCUACCAUAGAGCGUCCUGACAUUCCUUCAUUCUGCCAUAGAGCGUCCUGACAUUCCUUCAUUCUACCAUAGAGCGUCCUGACAUUCCUUCAUUCUACCAUAGAGCGUCCUGAAAUUCCUUCAUUCUACCAUAGAGUCCUGACAUUCCUUCAUUCUACCAUAGAGCAUCCUGACAUUCCUUCAUUCUACCAUAGAGCAUCCUGACAUUCCUUCAUUCUACCAUAGAGCGUCCUGACAUUCCUUCAUUCUACCAUAGAGCGUCCUGACAUUCCUUCAUUCUACCAUAGUCCUGACAUUCCUUCAUUCUACCAUAGAGCAUCCUGACAUUCCUUCAUUCUACCAUAGAGCGUCCUGACAUUCCUUCAUUCUACCAUAGAGCGUCCUGACAUUCCUUCAUUCUACCAUAGAGCAUCCUGACAUUCCUUCAUUCUACCAUAGAGCGUCCUGACAUUCCUUCAUUCUACCAUAGAGCGUCCUGACAUUCCUUCAUUCUACCAUAGAGCAUCCUGACAUUCCUUCAUUCUACCAUAGAGCGUCCUGACAUUCCUUCAUUCUACCAUAGAGCGUCCUGACAUUCCUUCAUUCUACCAUAGAGCGUCCUGACAUUCCUUCAUUCUACCAUAGUCCUGACAUUCCUUCAUUCUACCAUAGAGCGUCCUGACAUUCCUUCAUUCUACCAUAGUCCUGACAUUCCUUCAUUCUACCAUAGUCCUGACAUUCCUUCAUUCUACCAUAGAGCGUCCUGACAUUCCUUCAUUCUACUAUAGAGCGUCCUGACAUUCCUUCAUUCUACCAUAGAGCGUCCUGACAUUCCUUCAUUCUACCAUAGUCCUGACAUUCCUUCAUUCUACCAUAGAGCAUCCUGACAUUCCUUCAUUCUACCAUAGAGCAUCCUGACAUUCCUUCAUUCUACCAUAGAGCAUCCUGACAUUCCUUCAUUCUACCAUAGAGCAUCCUGACAUUCCUUCAUUCUACCAUAGUCCUGACAUUCCUUCAUUCUACCAUAGAGCGUCCUGACAUUCCUUCAUUCUACCAUAGUCCUGACAUUCCUUCAUUCUACCAUAGUCCUGACAUUCCUUCAUUCUACCAUAGAGAGUCCUGACAUUCCUUCAUUCUACCAUAGAGAGUCCUGACAUUCCUUCAUUCUACCAUAGUCCUGACAUUCCUUCAUUCUACCAUAGUCCUGACAUUCCUUCAUUCUACCAUAGAGCGUCCUGACAUUCCUUCAUUCUACCAUAGAGCGUCCUGACAUUCCUUCAUUCUACCAUAGUCCUGACAUUCCUUCAUUCUACCAUAGAGCAUCCUGACAUUCCUUCAUUCUACCAUAGAGCGUCCUGACAUUCCUUCAUUCUACCAUAGAGCGUCCUGACAUUCCUUCAUUCUACCAUAGAGCAUCCUGACAUUCCUUCAUUCUACCAUAGAGCGUCCUGACAUUCCUUCAUUCUACCAUAGAGCGUCCUGACAUUCCUUCAUUCUACCAUAGAGCAUCCUGACAUUCCUUCAUUCUACCAUAGAGCAUCCUGACAUUCCUUCAUUCUACCAUAGAGCGUCCUGACAUUCCUUCAUUCUACCAUAGAGCGUCCUGACAUUCCUUCAUUCUACCAUAGAGCGUCCUGACAUUCCUUCAUUCUACCAUAGAGCGUCCUGACAUUCCUUCAUUCUACCAUAGUCCUGACAUUCCUUCAUUCUACCAUAGAGCGUCCUGACAUUCCUUCAUUCUACCAUAGUCCUGACAUUCCUUCAUUCUACCAUAGUCCUGACAUUCCUUCAUUCUACCAUAGAGCGUCCUGACAUUCCUUCAUUCUACUAUAGAGCGUCCUGACAUUCCUUCAUUCUACCAAAGAGCGUCCUGACAUUCCUUCAUUCUACCAUAGUCCUGACAUUCCUUCAUUCUACCAUAGAGCAUCCUGACAUUCCUUCAUUCUACCAUAGAGCAUCCUGACAUUCCUUCAUUCUACCAUAGAGCAUCCUGACAUUCCUUCAUUCUACCAUAGAGCAUCCUGACAUUCCUUCAUUCUACCAUAGUCCUGACAUUCCUUCAUUCUACCAUAGAGCGUCCUGACAUUCCUUCAUUCUACCAUAGUCCUGACAUUCCUUCAUUCUACCAUAGAGAGUCCUGACAUUCCUUCAUUCUACCAUAGAGAGUCCUGACAUUCCUUCAUUCUACCAUAGUCCUGACAUUCCUUCAUUCUACCAUAGUCCUGACAUUCCUUCAUUCUACCAUAGUCCUGACAUUCCUUCAUUCUACCAUAGAGCGUCCUGACAUUCCUUCAUUCUACCAUAGAGCGUCCUGACAUUCCUUCAUUCUACCAUAGUCCUGACAUUCCUUCAUUCUACCAUAGAGCAUCCUGACAUUCCUUCAUUCUACCAUAGAGCGUCCUGACAUUCCUUCAUUCUACCAUAGAGCGUCCUGACAUUCCUUCAUUCUACCAUAGAGCAUCCUGACAUUCCUUCAUUCUACCAUAGAGCGUCCUGACAUUCCUUCAUUCUACCAUAGAGCGUCCUGACAUUCCUUCAUUCUACCAUAGUCCUGACAUUCCUUCAUUCUACCAUAGAGCGUCCUGACAUUCCUUCAUUCUACCAUAGUCCUGACAUUCCUUCAUUCUAUCAUAGAGCGUCCUGACAUUCCUUCAUUCUACCAUAGUCCUGACAUUCCUUCAUUCUACCAUAGUCCUGACAUUCCUUCAUUCUACCAUAGAGCGUCCUGACAUUCCUUCAUUCUACCAUAGUCCUGACAUUCCUUCAUUCUACCAUAGUCCUGACAUUCCUUCAUUCUACCAUAGAGCGUCCUGACAUUCCUUCAUUCUACCAUAGUCCUGACAUUCCUUCAUUCUACCAUAGUCCUGACAUUCCUUCAUUCUACCAUAGAGAGUCCUGACAUUCCUUCAUUCUACCAUAGAGAGUCCUGACAUUCCUUCAUUCUACCAUAGUCCUGACAUUCCUUUAUUCUACCAUAGAGCAUCCUGACAUUCCUUCAUUCUACCAUAGAGAGUCCUGACAUUCCUUCAUUCUAAAAGGGGCCUUGUGUCUUUGUCUUCAUCCGUGUCUUUUCUUUUAGCCUGUAAUUCUGUCACAUCAGAAAUCCAAGGUACGUUGUCAAUUCUAGCUCUUGAAAUGGGUUACUUAUCUGUGGAAUGUAAGUGUUAAUGUUGCCAAUAUGCCAAAAAUGUUUUUCCCAAUAACUUCCUUUGUAGGGUGUUGUUUAUCUUCCCCACUUCAUAACAGUGCUGUUUUAAUGAUGAUUAGGAUGAGUUUUAAUGUGAAUCUCCAAGUACAGGCUUCAGACUUGUUAAUAUUACCAGAAAGAUGAUUGGAACAUUUCCACUUCUGGUCCUGUGGUCCACUGUGGGUUUUUGCCAUAGGUCGAAACGCAAAACCCACCAACCAAGUGUCAGCCUUAGCUAAUGCGACCUCACCAGCUAGAAUCUUGCAGGAGGAGAUGUGGUUCGAUUUGGUCGGCUGAACUGCUUGCACUUCCUGAACCCAGAAUUUUGCACAGUAUUACAGAUGGAGAUGGAUAUUUAUUAAGUAAUGUGGAGCAUGAAAAACAAUGGUCUGCUUCCUUAAAUGCCACCCUAUUCCCUAUAUAGUGCACUACUUUAAACCAGGGCAUUAUAUAACCCUAUUCCCUAUAUAGUGCAGUACUUUAGACCAGGGCAUUAUAUAACCCUAUUCCCUAUAUAGUGCAGUACUUUAGACCAGGGCAUUAUAUAACCCUAUUCCCUAUAUAGUGCAGUACAUAGGGAAUAGGGUGCCAUGGAAUAUUUCCAAAGGGUUCUGAAAAUCCAUAAUUUCUUGUUCUCACCCCCCCCCCCCUCCUCCUCACCAAUUCGUUUUGUGGUUCUUCAUAAAUGCCAAAAUGAUAGUUUACUAAAGCAUUUUGCACAACAAACUUCUUUUUGUUUUAAAGCCAUGGUAUAAAGUGACUUAUAGGUAGAGGUACAUGUCAGUCAAAUAUUCUGAACAUUGUAGUAACAUCUGAAUAGUCAAUAGUUUGUCAUCAAAAACAGAUCAAAUGUAAUCAAUUGUUUACAGAAUGAUUUAUUUUAUUUUAGUUGUAAUGAAAAGUGUAUUAAAAUACCAUGUCUGAUUUUGAUUAUUGAUUUGUGUUAGUUUAGCAAACAAAGUUUUUGGGGGGUUUGUGUAACAUUUUUCUUGAAUAAACAAUGAUCUCAAGAGGUGCUUAAUUGAAAAUGGACAUAUUUAAUCUGUGAUCUCAUGUCCAAGGACACAGAUGAAAGUCUGUAUGGAAAAAUUCAUUUACACCAUUUUGUUAAAUUGGAUUCCACAGCAGUUUAUUCAAAACAUUCCCAUUUUGUUAGCAUCAAUGUAACCUGGAUUCCAGGCUUUUUCCUCGUUGAUGAACAAUACUUAGUCUCGUAUUACCAUAUAUUGAAUACUAAUAUAAGUAGACACGGAGAAAGCUAUAGGAGGAUCGCCUUGGGGUCCAAGAGCCGCUUGUGUUGUCUUGCCUACGGUCAUUGUAGUAGCCUGGGUACCAACCAGUCUGUCUUAGUUAUUAGCCUUCCACUCUCAAUCACACAGAAUAAAAUGAGUGGCAUGCUAGCUAAACAGACUAGUACCCAGGCUAUGGAAAUUGAGCCAAACGGCACAAACAGAUCUGGGACAAGGCUAUGAGGAGGAAGCAGAAUGUUAUCUCAACUAGCUGUUCUGAUCAAAUGUAGCGCCAUGGCAAGUCGAGGAAAUGUAAACCCAUAGACUGUGCUCUUAUGAAAUGGAUGGAUGUUUUCUGCAGAGAAUGUUGUUUGCAUCGGCCAAAAUGGCACCCUACAGUAUUCCCUAUGUAGUGCACUACUUUUUAUUAGGACCCAAUGGCACCCCUAUGUAGUGCACUACUUUAGACCCCUAUGGGAAAUAGGGUAUCAUGAUGAUUCUGUUUUGGUUGUUCCCAUCACCAUAUUAUACUGUUAAAUGGAUUUAAAUAAAUGUUUAGGUGCCAAAUUA